CAUAUCCAAUAUCUUUUAACGAGCUAGUGUAAACUAAUUGAUUUCUUCGCGCUCGCUUCUAGGUCUUGUGUUUUGUCCUAACAUUUGUCGAUGUAGUUACGUCACACGUGUUAGGCAUAGUAAACGUUAUCAGAACUAUUACAAAACCUACUGUAAAGAGUAGCUGUUGGUAGGUUUUCGACCAGCAUGUGGGUAUGUUAUUGCAAGAUGAUACGCAGACGAUUGUGCCUGAGUUUGGCUAUGAAGGUCCACUCAGACAGUUGUCUGAGUUUUGACACGAGAGUCUAGAAAUGCAAGAUGAAAACCGUGCGAUUAUAUGUUAAACGAUAAACGACGAAUGUUAGUGAUUCGAAGUGGAAAAUUGAGGCAGCCUAAUAGCCGAAGUUUUCAGAUGGAUGAGCUAGGCUUCAUAUCAAUCGAUGGAGUCCCUGACUGCUGUUCUGAGCUAUGUGCGAUGUAAACUGUGUGGUUGAUAUCCCCCAGACAAAAGGAACCAGUGGUUGAGGACUCUUGCUGACAUGGAUGAAGAUCGGUCACAAUGACGCAGAUGCUUUCACCCCUUGACAUUUAAAGCUUGAAUGUUCACACUGAUCUUCAUCUUCAAAUUGCUUGUUCUCUCACAGUACUUUAUCUGCUUUGAUAACACUUUUCUAACAACUUGUUGUCUGUGUACUGCCGUGAAGUGUGGCAACUCGAAGUGACGUACUUGUAUGCGAGGUUCUACGUUGAUUUUGCCGGUCACUGACUUGUAAUUUAAUAUCUUUUCUUUGUUAAUUGUUAACUCCGCAACCUAUUUAUUAGCGUGUGCAUUGAUUAUUUCUCACACUGCUACAUUCAUUUACGCUUAUUCAUUUUUAAGACAGAUGUGAGAGUUCAAAAAACACAAGCUUACUCUUUUUGUACUGUAAUAAGGUGUAUCUAAGACCCUUUGUUUAUAUUCCUUCAGCAACUAAAGACCAUCCUGACAGAUGAUCACAAUCUAAAAGAUGGAAAAUGUUGGAAACAGUUGUUUCCUUGUGGUUAGCCACGUCAGUCGUAGCUCAGUAAGCAUAUCUAGAUGGAUUUACACUCAAACAGCCUUUUAACUUAAAAGUGAUUCUCUGCCCUGAGGGCCAGACCUUAUAUACUGAUCUUGAAUCUUGGGAGUCGAAGGAAAAUGAUUAUAUCCAAUAGGUGCAAAUAUUACCUUGACCAAAAUACGACAUAAGAACGUUUAAAAGCAGUCUUAAGAUUAUGAAACGCUUCUAAUAAUGUAAAGAAUUAUUAAAACUGAAGGUCUUCAGAAAUCUUUUGUCGAAUCCCGUAUCAGUUUUUUAUUGGGAUGCCUAUGGAGAAAUCAAAUGAACUUUUAUACAUGAAUUUGUCCGCAUGACUGUAAAUUAUUUCAUUCAGCGGGCUUAGAUUUGAAAUAAAGUUAUAACUUUCCUUCAUGAACAAACUUUCUUCUGUGACAAACGGCAAACUGGAAUACAUAUCUAUCUGUCGUUUCCCUACGCCUCGACACAAUUUUCUCUACAAGCUCGCGACCCACAUAAUACUGGAAAACAUUUUCAGGAAGUAGCUGUUCAUGGAGGAAGUGUGCAGCACUUGGCGCCAGUAGUCUGUUUGUAAGCCAACUUGUGAUGUAGUUGACUAUUCAAGCUGCUCCGUGCGGCUUUUAUUGUGGUUGCGAUUCAUUAACAUCAUCUGUUUAUUACUAGUGUACUCGCGAUAUAUGAGCAAUUAAGAGAAAUUGUGAGUCAAUGGCGACGAGACAUUGAAAUCAUUGGCACCACGCAGUGCGUAUCCCGUGACCCGGUGAAGUUGUUAUGGCAUUUGGCCCCUUUGUAUUGCUAGAAAGUUCCGCGAAAAUGUUACGUUUCCCUUUUCGGAAUCGUAGCUUUUGUUAAGCUACAAUGCAUGCAGUAGAAUUAAUCCACUUUUGUUUACGUGCUUACUACGCGUGAUUCGCCCUCUUGUACCAAAACUAUUAAAUCUGUCACUGCAGGACGUGUAAAGGUAUAGAAAGCAUCUCAAGUACGUCGUACUAAGUACCACUGAGGGCAGUGGAGCACAUUUCGUUUGAUUUUUCGUUGGUACACAGUCAGUCCCAAAAUAAAAUGUAGCCGGAAAAUAUCUCGCUUGCUUUGACAAAUUCUGCAAUUUUUGAAAUUAUUUUGAUUUAGGAAUGUGCAACGUUUUCUGUGGAGUGCUCAAAGUAUUUUGCAAACAUUUUUAAGUUGCUCUUAACCACAUCUAUUUUUGCCGUGAAUACGCGGAUUACUUCAGAGUUGUUACUUCUUCUUACCUUAAAUAUCCCAGUGACCGUAACUUCUGUAUGGUAUAGUAGGUGAUUAAAUGAAUGUUAAACGACCAGCCGUUGGGUCACGGGUUGCAGCCCAGCUUCAACUGCUGAAGUUUAGGCAGCCAGGUAGUAUCAUUAACCCUCACAAGUCGUGUGGCUCAUAGCUUAUUGAACAGAUAUGCACAGGGUUGCUGAGUGAGUUUCUACCGUUUUUUAAGUGUUGGAUGAAGUAGGAUUAGUUUAGGUGGAAGGUGAUGGUGUCCAGAUCUGGACAUGACACCGGUUCAUAGAGUCCUUGCUUAUCUAAGCUGUGCAGGUUAUUUGGGUGAGGUCGUCCGAAGGAUGGAAAUAAAUGGUUAGCGAAUCUGUGAUUAAAAAUCAUUCUUAGUACCGUAUGUGUUCACUUUGUCGUCUUCGAGGUUUGUCUAAAUGAACAUCAAUUGGCUAUUAAACGUCACGACAUUUCAUCACUCAUUUCAAUGCAUGUGUAUAAUUAUGGACAUAAAUUCACUUGACAAUGUAGAAAUUUCGGACAGAGGAAACACCAACAAUAUCAGAGAAUUUCUAGAAGCUUGGCAUUCAGCUCGGUUUGCAGUCAACAGAUAUAUAGACACAGACCCAAUCUAUUAACCAAUGCAAAAAAUGAUAAACGACAGAAAGGUUACAGGUCAAGCAGAGGAACAGUUAACAAGAAAAUCUGUACAGCCAAUGACACAACAAUCAAAUGAAACAACCAAUCACUAACCAGUUCGUCAGGGCGAGCCACUAAAUCACUGACGGAGAGAUAUUUACAGCUCACUCACUUCAUACUGAAAUUAGUGCUGAUGAUGUCGUCUAGAAAGACGAUGAAAGCUCCACGACUAAACAACUCAGCUCAGAGAACAAAAUACAACCAAGAAAGAAUAAACAAUUUGAAGAUGAAGAUCAGUGUGAACAUUCAAACUUUAGAUAUCAAGGAGUGAAAGCAUCUGCGUCAUUGUGACCGAUUUUCAUCCAUGUCAGCAAGAGUCCUCAACCACUGAUUCCUUUCGUCUGGGCGAUACGAAGCAGAUAGUCUACAUCGCUCCACAUGACUCAUACCAUCAGUAAAAGACUAUCCUUAAAUAUGGUUGGAGAGGUCAUGAAAUAUUGAUGUUCUAUUGAUGGAGAGUGUUUGUAGCUCAGGUGGGUAGUUUUAAUGGUGUUAUGUUGAAACAUCUAGCUCAGAAAACAAAACACUAAAGUUGGUGUUUUAGGAUGAUUUUAUUCUUGCUUGUGAUUUCUUACUUCCUAUUUCAUCAAAACGUAUUAAAACUUUAGGUAUUUUUUAUCUUGUUCUCAGUUGGAUGAACUAAUUUGGUUUUUUCUGUGUUAUUUCAAUUUUUAUGAUGAUUAAGGGGUUUGUGCAUCGAAUUUCAUUGUCAAGUAUGAGAGAAAAGCCAAAGAAGCGCAAUUCAAGUGUUGCAGUAAAAGAUGAAGAACCUUCAGUUGUCUCUAAGAAAACUAAAGUUUCUUUGAACGAAGCUUUGGUGCUCAGUCAUCCUAACUCUGAUCAAUUACAGGAGCGUAUUUCAAUGAUUAAUCAGGGAUUUCUUUUCAAAUGCCCCCUAGACUUCCUCCAGUUCUAUGAGUUUUGUCAAGCUUGUAGCACUGAUUCACCGCUUGGUUUGAAAAGAUUGGCAUGUUAUAUUCUUCCUUAGAUGCGUUAUCGGAGAUUGGAUUCCGUUUGGUCGGUCCAUAUGAAAUAUAUCAUAUGGGAUCCAAAGAUCAGGUUACGAAAGGACAGUGGUCUAAUUACUACCGCUUUUAUCAUGACCCACCUGAAUUUGUAACUGUGAUAAUAUGCAGUAAUGAACAGUAUCACGUUGGUUAUUUCCGUGAUUCAUAUGAAUCCACACCAUUUGUUGCUAAGUCAACUGCAUCCAAUGGAAUAAUUGAAUACUGUGGUCAGAAUCUGUUUACUUUCUUAAGAUCUGUACUACAAAAGAAUAAAUCUUGUCAUGCUAGCCAACUGAUGAAAAAUCUUAACGAAUUUACAGCCAAUAAAAACAUUAAAACUAAUGUUUUAUCUUCAUUUAUGAAGGAUAGGAAAAAACUCCAGGUUUGUGCUACAACAAAUCGUAUUGGCCUGAUGAUUGACGUUACUAAAGAUGAUAUUGGAUAUCGUCCUUUAAAUAUCACUUAUUCUGAACUCAACUCCAAACUGCAAGAUAUUGUCGAUUCGAAAUCAAAGGAAGAGCAACUGAUUAAAUUCGCUCCUAUUGAUGAGCUUAUCACCUGUGUUCAAUUCGCCAAUGAUGAGGGAGACUAUGGACAAGGCUUAGAAUUGGGCUUGUCAAUUUUAGCAUUUCAUCCAAAAGCACAACCAUUAGAGAAAGCAAGCAUAUUCAACAAUAAGAUUAAGCAUUUACUGUCUGUUGGCUAUAAUUUAGCCAAUAGGAAGGAGUUUAGUCAAGUAAUUCAAUCUCAUAUGGAGGAUAGACGUGUUGAACCGUUAACUUUCCUGUAAAUAUUUUUACAGUAAUCAACUUGUCAGAUUUUAUGUGCAUUUAUUUCCAGAUAUAUCAGAUUUCUG